AAUAUAUUUUGUGAUAUAAUACGUUUAUUAAAAAUGACUGAAGAACAUUUUGUUCCACCAAAAGCGCCGAAGGAUUUAUGUUUCAACGAAACAGAUUUUAUUCAGAAUGAUUUUGAUACGGAUGCUUUUUUACAAGAACAUAGGAAAAAUGUCAGUCUUGAGAAAAUGCGAGACGAUCUCGGGGUUUACUUAAAAAUACUUAGAUCAGCUAUGAUAGAGCUAAUUAAUAAAGAUUAUGCUGAUUUUGUAAAUCUUUCUAGCAAUUUAAUAGGCUUAGAUAAAGCUAUUGAUAAUUUAGAGGUGCCCUUAGGUAAACUGAAAGAAGAAGUAUUGCAAGUACAACAGACUUUAGAUAAUACUAUUUCAGAGAUGACAGAGAACUUGGAUAAACAUAAAGAAAUACGAGAUAGGAAACAAAAUAUUCAUAGUUUAAUAAGAUUUCACAAAUCUAUAUCAAAAAUGUGCAAUAUUCUCAAUUCUUGUGAUAUGACAAAGAUUAACUUAAAACCAGAUGUUUUAGAACGUGCUGCGACUGAAUUUAAUCAGUUGAAAUUUCACACAAGUCGUUGCAAAUCUGAGCUUUCUACAGACCAAAUCAGCAAAAUGGGUGAAUUGGAUGAGUGCCUCAAAAAAAGUUUGAGCUCAUUACUAAUAGCCUAUGUAAACAGAAAUGAAACUGCAUCAUUAAUAAGAUGUUUGAGAAUAUAUGUGAGUCUCGAUAAAGUGGCAGAUGCAGAAGAAGUUGUCAGAAAGAAGAUUGUAGUGCCUGCCGUAGAAAAUAUUAUAAGUGAACACACCUUCCAAAACGACCCAUUGGGCUUGAAAGGUACUUACCAAAAACUAGAGAAAGUACUGGAUAAUAUUUUAAGAGAACUUUUAGAAUUAACUUUACAACCUGAUAGGAUUACAGUAAAAGGUUUUAAUUUCUUAGUGAAUAGUUAUUGGCCUGAAGUUGAGCAGAGAAUAGAAGAUUACUUACCAAUCAUAUUCGCACCAGGAAAUCCAGAAUUAUUUCACAAAAGAUAUACAGAAACAUUGGAUUUCUUGUUGAGCUUUGAAAGAAAAUGUUGUACACCAGAGGUUGUUAAUAGUCUGAAAAGUCAUCCUCAGUACAAAAGAUUUCUAAAAAAAUGGAAUUUACCAGUUUAUUUUCAAAUAAGGUUCCAAGAAAUAGCUGGCACUGCAGAAAGUGUUUUAUCUGCAAAUGUUUCUGCAGCUUCAAUAAGAAAAAACGAAAAUUCUUUAAACCCAGACGAUUUUACACUUCAUGCAACAAAUAUAGUGUGGGACUGUUUAUUAAGAAUUUGGGCAAAAGAAGUUUUUCUUCCACAAUUGUUACACAGGUUUUGGAAAUUGUGCCUUCAACUGUGUUCUAGAUAUCAGGAGUGGAUUCGUAAUUCCUUGAAACAGGUUUGGCCUGUUACUACUGUAAAUGAAACUGGUCGUAAUUCAGAAGUAGACAAUUCUCAAAGACUCGAAUUUCUCGUCGGUCUUUACAGCGAUAUUGAAAAACUUUCCACAAAAAUGUCUAAUUUUAUAAUUAUGAUAAGCGAUAGAAUAUUAUUCCUGAGUCCUGAUGUUAUAAACUUACUCAAUGAAUGUACGACGGAAACAGUAAAGAAUCUUCAGAAUUGUCAAGAACCAGUGACACAGGAAAUUAUAAAAGAGCUUUUGGCACAUAGUGCCAUCCAUUUACGCCAAAUAAGCGACAUUCCAAGAUUAUUCCGGCGAACCAAUCGAGAAGUGCCUACGAAACCGUGCGCCUAUGUGAAACGAGCUCUCGAUUUUUUCACUACAUUUUAUGCCGAUUAUAAGAAAACUUCUCCUCAAAAUAUUCGGCAAUGGCUUGUGCUUGCACUUACCGCAUUGACUGAACAAUAUAUGUCUUGCGUGAAAGACGUAUUAACAUCCAUCCAGAAAAUGGAAGAAAGCUUAAGAAGGUUGAAGAAAGGAUUGAGAGACAAAUCAUUAGGAACUUCGGCAACUGAAAAUCAAGGCACAAGCGACGAUGAUAAAAUUCGUGUACAGUUAUACAUUGAUGUUUUGAGUUACAUUGAAAUAAUAAAAGAUUUUGAUAUCAAAGAAGAAGACGUAGGAAAUUUAAAAGAUUUAUUGGAAAUUGUUGAAGCUGCAGUAAAAAAUAAACUCGAGCUUAAGUAAUAUUUUGAACAUUAAUUUGCACUAAUAGGACAUCUUCAAAUGCUCUAGUGAUUUUGAAGAGCUCCUAAUAACUAAGGAUCCAAGGGAAAGGUCAUGGUAGUCUGCACGCCAUUCGAAGACCUGCUAGCGACGGAAACGCUCACUCAUCCUUUUCAAUGAGAUUAAGAAACCUCGCAAAAUCACACGCGCGCCAUUCCGAA